AUGAAUGGAGCAAGAAAUUAGAGAUUAGUUUUAGAUAAUAAGUUUUACAAUUACAAAGCCAAAGAAGAGUUAAAAAACUUUUUGGAGUAACCAUAGAAGGAUAUAGAAAUGAGUAAAGCAAUUAGAAUAAAAAAAUCUACAAUGAUGAAAAAGAUAAUAUAAAUGUUUGAAAUGAAUAAAGGGAUAUUAGAAUUGGAAGCUGAAGAUGGUCAAAUAUCAAGAUUGAUUUCAUCAUAUGAAGUAUAUAAGCGAAAAGGUAUCUAACAUACAAGUGAGAUUUAAAUAAGAAAAGAAGAAAACAAAUCAAUUUUAAGAAUUAAGGUUGUAUUAGAUCAAUAAUGA